AUGAAGUCCCGGGGCGGUGGAGGCCUCUUCUUCCUUCGCUCCCAGAAGCGGGACCACGAGGAGCUAGGCAGGGGCGGCGGCUUCAACGAGCGACAGACGGCGACGGAUCUGAAAGUGGAUCAUAACUCGGACGACGAGCUCUACGAUGAGUUCGGCCGGAAGAAGCGGCGGAAAGCAAAGGCCGCCGCCAAGGGGCCCUCCAAGACGGAAGCGCCCAAAGCUGAAGACAGCAAAAAAGCAGAGGAAGUCCCGGAGACCCAGAAGCAAAAGGAGCCCGGAAGCACUCCGCCCGCGGCGCCGGAGCCUUCGCCUACCGCGGCCUCCGCGGCUUCCCCAGCCCGCGUCAUCGAUCCGCGGCCGGGAAAGGGAGCCCAGAAGGGGCCCGGUGCACCGGGAGCCCCGGGCUUUCCCAUGACCUUCCCGGCUGGAGGGCCACCGGCGCCACAGGCGCAGCAGGCGCAGGCGCAGCCCAAUGCCUGGCCCGGAGCGCCCUUCGGCAAAGGCGCAGCCUGCGCAGCAAUCGCACAGACUACGCCGUGUCCGUACUUUAUAGGCGUACCCGGCGGCCCAAGACAGCUCCGAGUGGUGGCCUACAACGUUUGCGGCUUCGGCGCAGGCUUCGGGGACGUCGACGAAGCGAUGGUCACAGAGGUCUAUGGCAAGCUCCGCGAGGACUUGCAAGGCCUGAAGGCCGACAUCAUCUGCCUCAACGAGGUGCGCCCGGGCGGGGUGGCAGGGAGAGAGAUGCCCGGGGGUGGCGGCGCAUUCGCCUUUUUUGAUCAGGUGAAGCGCCUGCGGCUCAAGGACCCGGAGGGAAGCUUCCGGGAGGACAGCCUGGAGGCCUUGGCCGAAGACUUGGAGGAGAUGGAGUUCUUCUUUGCUCAUGCCAAUCCUGGAUAUGAGACUUUCGGGAAUGCCAUCCUGAUCGGGAAGAGGCUCCAGGUCCUGCAUUGCGAUUCGCUCCACCUCGAGGGCGGCUCUGUGAUAACCCUUGGCCCUGGAAAGACAAAGCACAUCGGUCGCGGAUGCCUCUCAGAAGCCUCGAUGCAGUUGACCGAAAUUCGCUACACUUUCUUACGGUCUCUGACCAUAAGCAACGGACAGCUGGUAUGUGUGGAGGUGCAGGGCAAGCAGUUUGCCACGCUGGUGACCCACUGGGACCACAUCUCUGAGGCAGAACGGCUACGGCAAGCAGAAUCAAUUCUGUCCGGCCACUCGCUGCUGUCUCAUGAUCUGCCCCACCUACUUGUGGGAGAUCUCAAUGCGAUGAAGAGGUCAGACUACACAGACCAGGAGUGGGCUGGUUUGGAGGAGCGCAACGCCUUGAAAGGCUGGGCGCCGCCCGAAAACUCCCAGGCCUUGUUGGCUCUGGAGAGAGAAGGCUACAGGGAUCUCGGCGACAGCCUCCACCAGCGGUCGCGGUGGACGAAGAAAGAAGGGCCCGGGCCACCGAUCCGGAUUGAUUACAUCUACGCUUCCAAGCACUUCAGCGACGUUGGCUCCUCAAAGCUCUGUCCGGACUUGUUCACUCCAGGCUCGGACCAUCUGCCCCUGGUCGCGGACAUCCUGCUAACGUAA